AUGGGAACUGGUAAGAAAGAAAAACAAAGAAGAAUAAGGCAAGGGGACACCAAGGAUGGUAAUAUCCGUGUCAAGGGUGAGAACUUCUACCGUGAUACCAAAAGAGUCAAGUUCUUGAACAUGUACAAAGGAGGACAUGCUGUCCGUAACGCCAAAGGUGAGAUUGUGCAAUCUGCUGCUUUACAAUCUACCGAUGCCCCUACUGCCAGAGUCGACCCCAACAGAAAGUGGUUCGUAAAUACCAGAGUCAUUGCUCAAGAUGCUUUAACUCAUUUCAGAAAUGCCAUGGCUGACAAAAAAGACAAUGCCUAUCAAGUUUUAUUGAGACGUAAUAAGUUGCCCAUGUCUUUAUUGGACGAAAAAGAUACCACAGAAUCACCAAUCCUGAAAAUCAUAGAAACGGAGUCGUAUGGUCUGGCUUUUGGUCCCAAGCAACAGCGUAAAAAACCUAGAAACUUACAAGUAUCGAGUUUGGAAGAACUUGCUCAGGCUACCGAGAAGGACUCUGCAGAAUUCCAAGAAAAGCUCGAAUUGAACUCGACUUUGGGAUUGAUGGGAGGAUCCUUGAUGGAUCAAGAUGGUAUUACACAAGAAGCCAAGGAGGCUAUUUUCAGUAAAGGUCAAUCCAAGAGAAUUUGGAACGAAUUGUACAAGGUUAUCGAUUCAUCUGAUGUGGUGAUCCAUGUUUUAGAUGCAAGGGAUCCUUUAGGAACAAGGUGUGAAUCUGUUGAAAAGUAUAUGAAAGAUGAAUGUCCUCAUAAGCAUUUGAUCUAUGUGUUGAACAAGUGUGACUUGGUUCCAACGUGGAUUGCUGCUGCGUGGGUUAAACAUUUAUCCAAAACCUAUCCAACUUUAGCAUUUCAUGCUUCCAUUACCAACUCGUUUGGUAAGGGGUCUUUGAUCCAAUUAUUACGUCAAUUUUCCACUUUGCAUGCAGACCGUAAGCAGAUUUCAGUUGGUUUCAUCGGAUACCCUAAUACUGGAAAGUCUUCAAUCAUCAACACUUUGCGUCGUAAGAAGGUUUGUCAAGUGGCUCCUAUUCCUGGUGAAACCAAGGUGUGGCAGUAUAUCACAUUGAUGAAGAAAAUCUUUUUAAUUGAUUGUCCUGGUAUUGUACCACCUUCUUCAAAAGAUUCUUCGUCUGAUAUCUUGUUCAGAGGUGUUGUGAGAGUUGAACAUGUUUCCAAUCCAGAGCAAUAUAUUCCUGACUUGUUAAACAAGUGUGAAAGAAAGCAUUUAGAAAGAACCUAUGAAAUAAAGGGCUGGAAGAAGUUUGAGGAAGACGCUUCUUUAUUGGAAGAAGCCAGUGCUGAGUUUAUUGAGUUGAUUGCUAGAAAGCAUGGUAAGUUAUUAAAGGGUGGUGAACCUGACGAACAUGGAGUUGCCAAACAAGUUUUGAAUGAUUUCAACAGAGGGAAGAUUCCUUGGUUUACUGCCCCACCUCAAGACGAAGAAAUUAGAGAAGGUGAAGAUAAGAGAGCCGGAAUCAAGAGAAAGAGAGCUGAAAGAGAAGAGAAGGCUCUUCAGCAAGAUAUGGAUGAAUACAAGAAACAAAAACCCAAUAAUGAUAGUGAUGACGAUGACCAAGUGGAAGGUAAGGAAGAGCAAGACUGGGAAGGAAUCAAAGAUUAAGCACGGAAUUUUCUCCAUGGCGUUUUUAAAGAUAUUUAUAAUAUACAUUAAUGCAUUAUUACUAUACAUUGCUUGUUAGAAGGGUCUUCCAAAGUGAACCACUCCAGACUUAACUGUUGUCCCUGGAGUAGAUGGUCCUGAACCAUUUCCAACACUAGGGCCAUUCUCACCCAUAUUCAAUCCCCAGAUCAACCCUGAAAACUUGGAGAAUAAGAUGAAGUCGAAUCCAGAUUGUCUCAACAACUCUUUAAAGCAUUCCAUGAUCAAAUAGGCAUGUAAUGUCGAGGUCAAUUGUUGGUUACUUUGGUUGUUUGAGGUGCUGGAGAAAAAUUGGCGUACUACCGGAGAUAUAGGUAAUAAAUGUAACUCUUCUGCCAAGUAUUCAAUGGAAGGUUUAGAUGCUUUACCAUCAGGUGUAGAAGACUUGUUCAACAACUGGCUUCCAAUUAACUUCAAGUCUAUGAAGUUAGGAAAGUAUUUGUUGCAGUACCAGUGGAAAUCUUCUUCAUUGAUUGGUAAAGCGUCGUUCUUCAAUAAGCUAACAAAGUAUCCAAGGUCAUAACCACCAUGGAAGCUCACCCAGUGGAUGGUUUUGUCUAAAAGUAACCCACUCUCAAGCAUCAAUUCGGCAAAAUUGAAAUGGUGAAUACCUUCGGUCAUUGCCAAUUGGAAGUUUAUUUGAGAAUUCUGCGCCAACAUUGACAAGUGUUCUUCGUUGAACAUUUCUUUCGAUAUGUCGUAUAAGAAGUUGAACUGCCAAAUGAUGGAGUUACUGAAUUCAUUGUUUUUGUUAACCUUUACCACGCAUAAUGAUAACUGAAUCAAAUUCAAUAAGUCAGCAUUUGAUCUUAACGUUUGAAAAUGAUAAUCCGCUUGGGAUUUAAAGGAUCCCACGGGCCUCGAAACUAUCCCAGGGAUUUCUUGGUGUAUGGAGAUAUACACAGAGUUGACCUUGUCGUUAGCAAACGCCCUUAAAGCAUGAAAUUCAUGUUCCAAGUUAUUACUCCAAACUUCACGAAUAAUGGGUACUUGGUGAGUAGGCUGUGGGAUUGGAGCAUGGGCUUGGAGCUGCUGCAACUGCUGAAUAGGGUGAAUUUGGUUUUGGAACUGUUGCUGCUGUUGGUAAGGAGCUUGAGGCUGUUGUUGAGGUUGUUGUUGUAACUGGUGCAAUUGUUGCAUCUGUUGCAUCUGUUGCAUGUUAACACCUUGGUUGUUGUUGGACGAGACAUUGUUGUUGUUUCCUCCGUUAAUUAUGGCCAACAAUGGGUUAAUGGCAUUGGGAGUAUUAACAUUUGGCCCUUGGCCAUGAGACUGUUGCUGUUGCUGUUGCUGCUGUUGUUGUUGUUGUU